CCUCCCUCCUCCACUACGCCAGCAGCGGGGUGUCUUCUCUGUGUGUGUGUAUACUUGCUGGUGAUGAGAGCCACUUCAGAGGCAGUCACCUGCUGACAGUUCUUGGUACACAACACUGUUCCCUCCCUACCCCGACCAGCAGUGGGUCUCUGGAUGAGUCGGUCGCUUACGGCUCGUAGUGCGAACGACGGUCUCCCGUUCUCGGUUAUGUACGAUUCGUCCCGACCCAUGUUGUGCCCCCCUGGAGGAGGUCGUCUGAGCUCCUCUACCCCUAGGGGAACCUUCCCCUGUUGAAGACCACGUGUGACACCCACCUGCUGUAGCCCCGAGAUGAGCAAGACUGAUAUUAAACGUAAACUGGAGGAGGAGGAGGAGGGAGAGGGAAGUGACAGUGAGGAGGAGUGGAUAGGGCCCAGACCUGACGAGGCGACGGCCCCAGAGCCUAAGGCAAAGAAAGUCAAAGUGCUGGAGCAUGAGCAGAUGUAUCUCGACUACUUACCUUGUGCCGAGUACUAUGAGAAGAGUUACAUGCAUCGGGACACUGUCACUCAUGUUGUGGUUACCAAAACUGACUUCAUUAUCACGGGAAGCUGUGAUGGUAACAUAAAAUUUUGGAAGAAACAGGAAGAAGGCGUGGAAUUUGUUAAGCAUUUUCGUGCUCAUUUAGGGAAUGUACAGCAUCUUGCCACCAACACUGCAGGCACCAGACUUGUUUCUAUAUCACAUGACAAGUCACUGAAAGUCUUCGAUGUGGAAAAUUUUGAUAUGAUUAACAUGAUCAAGCUGAGUUUCAUCCCAAAUACGAGUGAAUGGAUCCACCCGCUGUCGGACCCCCAACACUCCCUUGCUGUGUCGGAUUCUGCAAAUCCUUUGAUAUAUAUCUUUGAUGGCCAUGGCACGAAUGUUCCUCUGCAUGUUUUGGAUUCAAUCCAUACCAAACCAGUUACAAUUAUCAAGUAUAAUCCAGUGUUUGAUGUCGUUGUCUCUGCUGAUGAAGUUGGCAUGAUUGAGUAUUGGUGUGGGACCAAGAACGAGUUCCAGACACCAACUUGUGUUAACUUCACGUCCAAACUAGAUACAGACCUGUUUGAGUUUGUCAAGCACAAGACAUUUCCCAGAUGUAUGGCCAUCUCGCCAAAUGGACUACAAUUUGCCACCAUUGGUGCUGAUAAAAAAGUACGUGUGUUUAAAUUCCUCACUGGAAAACUCUCUCGUGUUUUUGAUGAAAGCCUCCAACACUAUACAGAACUGCAACAGCGUAAGCAACAGAUACCAAACAUGGAAUUUGGGAGAAGGUUAGCAGUGGAACGCGAUGUAGAGAAAGGUGGAGCUCUUGCAGUAUGCAACUUAGUGUACGAUGAAAGUGGUUACUUCCUUCUGUAUGCCACAAUGCUUGGAGUCAAAAUUGUGAACCUUUAUAAUAAUCGAUUAGUUAGAACAAUUGGCAAACCUGAAAACUUACGACUGUUGAAUCUGGCUCUCUUCCAGGGUAAGGUGAAGAAAAAUAAGGGUGCUCUAACAAUGGAGAUGGAGGCUUCAGAGAAUCCAGCACUAGACGCUGCACAAGUUGAUCCCACACUUGUAGCUACAGCUUUCCGUAAAAAUCGUUUUUAUCUCUUCACACGUCGUGAUGCUACAGACACUAAAAGUGUUGACACUGACCGUGACGUUUUUAAUGAAAAACCAUCAAAGGAAGAUAUAAUUGCUGCAACUGAACAAGGAGGUGGUCAGAGACUAUAUGAAACUGCAGUGCUCCAUACAUCUCUUGGAGAUAUCACUCUUAAACUUUUCCCAAAGGAAUGCCCCAAAACUGUAGAAAAUUUCUGUGUACAUGCAAAAAAUGGUUAUUACAAUGGGCAUCUGUUCCACCGUGUCAUCAAACAAUUCAUGAUUCAGACUGGCGAUCCAUUAGGAACGGGUGUUGGUGGUGAGAGCAUAUGGGGAGGAGAAUUUGAAGAUGAAUUUCAUCCAUCCCUGCGUCAUGACCGCCCAUAUACUCUUAGCAUGGCCAAUGCAGGACCAAAUACCAAUGGAUCGCAGUUCUUCAUAACGGUUAUUCCUACACCAUGGUUGGAUACCAAGCACACUGUAUUUGGCCGCGUGAUCAGAGGCAUGGAAGUAGUUCAAAAUAUUUCUAACGUGAAGUGCAAUCCCAAGACGGACAAGCCUUAUGAUGACAUAACUAUAUUAUCCAUAUCAGUCAAAUAAAUAACACCUGUAUAGCAUGUACCUAUAAUGUCACUUGUGUAUAAAUUAAUAGUUAAGAAAUGAAUUGAACUUUCUUAGAUUUUCAGGUUCCAUGAUUAAAUUUGAGUAAAGUAUGGGUUCUUUUAAGAGAAUUUAGUGCAAAAAAAUAUUAAGAAGAAAAUUGUGUUCUUUGUGACAAAUCAUUUAUUCAUUUAUUAUGAGUUGUUAAAAUAUUUCUUUCUAUAAUCUUUUAAGAUUAUAGAAGUAGUAUUUAAAGUAGCCAGAAGUAUGAAGAAUUUUGUCUUAAUUUUUUUUUUUUAAUUACUAUACAUUGCAUGUAGGCCUUUCAAUAGACAUUGUGGCAUUACUGGUGAAAUGAAAAUACAAUAGCUGAUGAACAGCAUGAAGUUGUUUACUCUGCACUUAGUCUUAUGAAGCAAUGAGAUGGUGCUGUGGAUGACUUGCUGGAGUGUACUGGUUUUGGUUCUGUAAUUCUAUGCAGCGUGUCAGAUAUGCUGCAUGAAUGCGUAUAAUUGAUUUCAUGUCAUUAAUCUUCUUUUUCCAUGUUGCACCCAUUUUUCCCCAGGCUAGUGCCCCCCCCCCCCUCUCCAUGAAAAUUGGGUAAUUAUAAUGGUGAUAAAAUGGGUUGACUUGAAAAAAGGUUUUAAGUUAAAAAUAUUAGUUGGUGACCAAUAUUUUUUUUAAUCCAAUCAUUUUAUACAUGUUGUAUUGUAAUUUAUUUGUAAUUAUAUUACAUUUUUUACUCUCGC